UGUCUCACCCGUAUUCCUGUUGCUUUCCAUUCCAAAACAUGCUUUUAAAUCACUGAUUUCUGAAAAAAUAUUAGAUUUGACGAUGCCUGUGUUGGACCUGAUCAUUCUUGGCAUCGACACUGUCAUCACACUACUUUUCUACAGAUUUUACAGGAGCAAUAAAGAGGCUGUUAAGAAAGUUCAGGAUGCACCAGAAUUUGACAUCACCCCAGACCUCCUAACAAAAGUGAAGAAAGCUGCAGACCAAACCAUACCCUAUGCCUGUAUCCGAGGACCGGCUGAGGCUGAAGAGACCGCCAUCUCCAGCGUCCAUAAACCUGGCGUGCAGGGAAUCAUUCAGCAGUUAAUUCUGAAAGAGUAUAGAACAAAACGCAGUCAGGGCCACUGGUCAGACAACUCUCGGAUUCUUCGCGAUAUCACCAAGGUUGUACCCUUCGUCAUCUGUGGCAUCAACAAUGUCAGGAUCGUCAUCAACGAACCUAAAGAAGCCGAAUAUCUCAUGGACAAUCUUAGCGUGGUGCAUGACCACUUCGAGCCGUCCCAAACUAAUGUACUCGAGAAAAGCCUUGAUCGCAUCUUUGGUGAUGUAUCCAAAGGUUUUCAGGAAACUGAGACAAUGUUUCCUGUUGGUACAAAGAUGACGGGUAUCGGACAAUUGUCUGUUGAAAAAGGAGUUUUAACCUUAGUGCCACCUGCGAAUGGCGCCUCAUAUAUACUAAGUACACUGACAAAAACAGAAUUGGUGAAAAAGAUGGAGGAUAGAGCAUUCGUUUAUAAAGUUCUAGGCGGCAUAUUUGGUAUUGCAGGUGGUGUGAUACUUGUCAUAUUGUUGAAAAGAUAUUACGAGGAAUAUCAGGCAGAGCAUGAAUUCGAAGAUGCGCUUGCUGAGAUCCGUGAACUACGCAGUCAGAAUCCAAGGAUAUUUGAAAAUACUAGAACUGAGAGAAGUGAUAGUCCAGUGGAUGGUGACGACUCUCAGUUCUGUGUGGUCUGCUUGACCCAAACCCGGGAGGUCGUUUUAUUAGACUGUGGGCAUAUCUGCCUGUGCGCAGACUGUGUGGUGUUAUUACCAGUGCCUCGGAAGUGUCCUGUAUGCAGAAAUAGCAUUGUUAGGAUUUUACCGAUCUAUGUAUCCUAGUGAAUAGGAUGUGACAAAAACCUCAUAAUCAUUGGUCGAUAACUGUAACCCCGUUAUUUUCAAGGCCCUAUGUUACAUGUUUGCAAGAAUGUAAAAUUCAGAUUUUGUAAGACUUCGUAGAAACUUUGUGUAAUUUAAUCGAAGAUCGAAGAUAAUUGUUCAGUAUGUGACUCGUGGAGAAUAGAUUUUACAAGAAAAGGA